AUGAAUGAGGAUUCUUUUGUUUGGUGGCGUAAUAAUUCCGGUUUCACGGUGAGUAAUGCUUAUGAUUCCAUUUUGUCUUUUGACUCUUUGACACCUCCGUUGAACAAUUCGGUUAGCUUAGCUUUUUCUCGUUUAUGGAAGUCAAAGGUGCCUAGUCACAUUCAUAUUUUUGGUUGGAGAUUGAUUUGGAAUAGACUAGCUUCGAAAGUUGAAUUAGCUAAACGUGGAAUUCUUUUAGAUCCUAGUAUGUUGAUGUGUUCUUUGUGCGGUUGGACUCAAGAGGAUUUAGAUCAUCUUUUUCUUCAUUGCGACAUUGCUAAAGAUUGGUGGCAUAAGUUGUUUCUUUGGCUCCACUUGGAUGAAAUCAUUCCGUCCGGAACAAUUUUGGAGCGGCUUUUUGGCUUGGAUGACUAUUGUAAGUCGCAUUUUAAUUUAGAUGUGGGAAUGAGGUGA